AUGGCUGGUCGGUACAAUCGCACAAACUACUCUUCCUACCUGAACGACGAACCAAUGCCUGACGCCACGUCGGAAAAGGAACAGGGUAAUGAGUACUUCAAGCAGAAGAAGUUUGCUGAAGCGGUUGAGUGCUACUCAAGAAGUAUCGCAUUGUUGCCGACGGCUGUUGCCUUUGCCAAUCGAGCUAUGGCUUAUCUUAAACUAAGAAGAUUUGAAGAGGCAGAGAAUGAUUGCACCGAGGCUCUGAAUCUGGAUGACCGUUAUGUUAAAGCAUACUCACGCAGAAUUACUGCAAGAAAAGGACUUGGGAAGCUUAAGGAAGCAAUGGAUGAUGCUGAAUUUGCUGUAAGUGUCGAUGCUAACAAUCCAGAGUUGAGGAAACAAUAUUCUGAGAUAAAGGCGCUACUCAUGGAGAAAAUGGCCAAGAGAAGUUCAGUUCAAGCUAAGCACACAAUUUCUGAAUCUGAUAAAGCUGGAGAUAGAAAAAAUAUCACUUCUCAUGCACCAAGUGAUCCCCAGAAGGACAGUUUCAUGGAAGUUGAUUCGCCUGGGAGAGCUGCGGCUGGGAUCAGAGAAUUAUCAGGUGGUGUGUCCAAAGGAGGAUCUGGUGUAAGCCUCAAAGACAAUAACAUGCAGCAAUCUCGAGAUGCUAAACAGAAACCUGGGCCAGAAAUAUCAGUGCAAGAGCUUGCAUCACGUGCUGCUUCACGAUAUAUGUCCAGCACUGUAAAAAGUGUGAAGACACCAAAGACAGCUUAUGAUUUUGAGGUUUCUUGGAGAGCUAUCUCUGAUGACCUUACCCAGCAAAUACAGUUGUUAAAGUCAAUUCGACCAGAGAGACUUCCAGAGAUUUUUAAGGAUGCACUUUCAUCAGCUUUUCUGAUUGAUAUCGUGAAGUGCACAGCCUCAAUUUUCCGGGAUGAUGCAGUGUUAGCAGUUAGCAUUUUGGAGAAUUUGGCGAAAGUAUCUCGCUUUGACUUGAUCAUCAUGUGCCUCUCACCCAUGCAUAAAUCUGAACUGCGGAAGAUAUGGGGUCAGACAUUCCUUGUCGAAACUGCAUCACCAGAUCAAGUUGAAGCCCUCAGGCGGCUGCAAGCCAAAUACGUUCAAGGAGGAUGGCAUGAUGACAUGUUCACUUUGAGCUAA